AUGAGCAACCCCUUUGCCGCCCUCGCUAAUCGAAGGGUAUCGCCGAAACCUAAUGGCCUGAGUAUGGCCUCCAAAAAGCGCAAAGCAAGCCCUGAAGACGGUGACGACGAUCGGAUGUCUGCGUCCCCCACUGCGUCCCCCAACCUCGCUAAUAGGAACAUACCUGGUGGCCCGCCAACACAAUCCCGAAAUAUUAAACGGGCCAGAACUUCUGUCACAGGGAGACCAUUACCCCUUCCUCGACUUUUGGAGACUCUCGAUGCCAACGGCCUUAAGUCGCUCCUACGAACCUUGUGCGAAAGAAAUCCUCAACUUACUGCGGAAAUUUCUGCUGUUGCGCCAAAGCCAACUGUCAGCAGUUCGCUAAAUCUCCUCCAUAACUAUGAAAAUGCUGUCCGCCAGUCAUUCCCAUACGGAGGAAACCCAGAAGGAGAUUAUGCCUAUAAUCGUGUUCGACCGGCUUUACUCGAGUUGCUAGAUGCUCUAUCCGACUACACCCCACACUUCCUUCCACCUAACGAACAGUCAUUCUCGAAUGGUCUCGAGUUUCUCGAUGGUGCUACCUCUAUUAUUCACCGGCUGCCGAACUGGGAGAACCCUAUUCACAACCAUCACAAGAACAUUGCCUACGAAGAAAUCUCGAAAGCUUGGAUCCUCUUGUUGAAGGAAACUGCAAAGAGGGGUGGCGGAAUCAGUUUACAAUAUGAUGGAUGGGAUGGAAAACUUCAACGUCACAACGAACAGUCCGGUGGCAGGCUAGAGCCGGCGAUCGCGGAGUUACGUAUCGUUUUGGGGUGGCUAAGUCAUGACAUUAGUAAUCAGUCAGUCCAACAAACACGGACUGGUAAUACUCUUGGAUUUCGCAUUGAAACACCCGGUGCACCUGUCGCCCUUCAAAUUUGGUAA